AGAAACAACAGGAGGCGAGCAUCCGAACGCGCAAUGAAUAACAAAUCUAUUAAUUUAAACCCGAGUCCGCCGCGGAUUGGCGGCGGCGGUUCCCAGACUGUGGAUAAUGAACUCGUUAUCACCUCUACUUUCGGGACGCUCCUUUCCGUUGUCUACAUAAUUGGAGUGUCGGGGAAUGUCUACACACUGGUGGUGAUGUGUCACUCGAUCCGCUUCGCCACUUCCAUGUACAUCUCCAUCAUCAACCUGGCCCUGGCGGACCUUCUCUACCUCUCCACCAUCCCCUUCGUGGUGUCCACUUACUUCCUGAAGGACUGGUACUUUGGGGAUGUGGGCUGCCGCAUCCUGCUCAGCCUGGACCUCCUCACCAUGCACGCCAGCAUCUUCACCCUCACCGUCAUGUGCAUGGAACGCUACUUGGCUGUCACCAAGCCGCUGGACACAGUGAGACGUUCCAAGAGCUACCGCAAAGCUCUGGCGUGGGGUGUGUGGCUGCUUUCUCUGGUCCUCACUGUGCCCAUGAUGAUAAUGGUCGCCCAGACCACUAAAACUACGCCGGACGGAGGCGUAAAGAGGAUGUGCGCACCCACCUGGGCGCCCUUGGCUUAUAAAGUAUACGUGACCGUUCUGUUUGGCACCAGCAUCAUGGCACCGGGGCUCAUUAUCGGUUACUUGUACGUCAGGUUAGCUCGCAUUUACUUAGAGUCACAGCGCAACUCUGUGAUCAGCAAAGGUAGCAAGCGAUCACCUAAACAGAAAGUGCUGAUCAUGAUUUUCACCAUUGUGCUGGUGUUCUGGGCGUGCUUCCUGCCGUUCUGGAUCUGGCAACUGUUGCCUCUGUACCACACCAAGCCCCUGAGCCUGGCCUCGCAGACACACACCUGCAUCAACUACCUGGUAGCGAGCCUCACAUACAGCAACAGCUGCAUUAACCCUUUCCUCUACACGCUCCUCACCAAGAACUACAGGGAGUAUCUGAAGAACAGACACAGGAGCUUCUACAGGUACACGUCCUCGUUUAAGCAGCGACCGCCCAGCCUCUAUUCCUGGGUGAAGUCUGCAUCCUCAAGCAAUCAGUUUGAGUUCAACUCAGAAAAUCUGGUCAUGGGAACACUGAAGUGAGUCGUGUGAAAGAGAAGAGAAGUCUUUUGGAA